UUCUUCAACAACUGCAACCACCUUGGUAGUUAGCUGGACAACAAAGUAGGAACAUUCAAGUUCUUUAGACAAUUUACUGGUUUAUUUGCCACUAUGAUUUAAACAUGAUGAUUUAUGAUAUGAUUUUCCACUAUGAUGGUAACAACUAGCUACCCCAUUUAGUUUAAUAUUUACGUUGUAAAUCAACUUGCUGGCUGGUUAAAUUUAUCACUAGUCUAGUCGCUAAUGCCAACUAGCUAACAUCUCCGACCAUGAGCUCACUCAACUACUCUCCUGCUGAAGAAGAGGAGGUCUGCUGGACGGAGAAAGAAGCUCUCGUGAAAGAGGAGGAGGGAGAAGAGGCUAUUACAAUACAAAAACAAGUAGAGGGUAAGGCUGUUACCGUGAAAAAAGAAGAGAAAGUCGCCUUCAGAGUGAAAGAGGAGGAAGAUGUUACUGUGAAAGAAGAAGAUGUUACUGUGAAAGAAGAGGAAUAUUCGAUUUUUGGAGUGGAGGAUGAAGUGAAAGAAGAUGAAGAGGUUUUUGGAAUGAAGGAUGAAGAGGGGGAGAUUACUGUCACAUUAGAGGAGGACAAAGAAGAAAGGACUGGAAAUCUGAUUAACACCAGUAAAUACAGAGAGAGACAGAACUACUGUGUAUCCUCUGGGGAGCCUCAACAACAUCAUGAUGCUGACAGGGCAGAGAAGAGUCUCUCCACAUCAGAACACCUCAAGAAACACCUGCGCAGAUCCACAAGGAACAGAUCUCACUGCUGUUCUGAUUGUGGGAAAUGUUUAAAGUCUUCAUCAGAACUUAAAAUACACCUGAGAAAUCACACGGGAGAGAAACCUUACUGCUGCUCUUACUGUGGGAAGACUUUUACUCUGUCAACCCGCCUGAUAUCACACCAGAGAACACACACAAGAGAGAAACCUUAUAGCUGUGAUCAAUGUGGGAAGAGUUUUCCUCAGGUAAGAAACCUGAUAUCACACCAGAGAAUACACACAGGAAAGAAAUCGUAUAGCUGUGAUGAAUGUGGGAAGAUUUUUACUUGUUCUAGCUAUCUUGUUGUACACCAGAGAACACACACCGGAGAGAAACCUUUUAGCUGUAACCAAUGUGGGAAGAGUUUUAAUCGGCCAAGCAGCCUGAUAUACCACCAGAGAACACACACAGGAGAGAAACCUUAUAGCUGUGCUCAAUGUGGGAAGAGUUUUUCUAUAUCUAGUGUGCGGACUAGACACCAAAGAGAACACACACACAGGAGAAAAACCUCAUAGCUGUAAUCAAUGUGGGAAGAGAUACUCUGUUAAUAGAUAUCUGGUUUAAAAAAAAAUAUUUCACCUUUAUUUAACCAGGUAGGCUAGUUGAGAACAAGUUCUCAUUUACAACUGCGACCUGGCCAAGAUAAAGCAUAGCAGUGUGAACAGACAACAACACAGAGUUACACAUGGAGUAAACAAUUAACAAGUCAAUAACACAGUAGAAAAAAAAUAAAGAGUCUAUAUACAUUGUGAGGAGGUAGGCGAAUAAUUAUAGUUAUAAUUAAUGAAUAAUUAUGAUUAAACAAUCAGAAGAUACAUGGAGUUGUUUCAUGAUAUCAAUGAAUUAAUGUCACAAUGUAGAAUAUUAACACAUUGUAGUAGGAGUAUUUUAAUAAUGUCACAUUGUUGAAGCCUAAAUAUUUGCCCCCUUAUCAAGUGAUUUCAGCAUGAUAUGGUUAUGGUUAUUAUUAGAAAUCCAUGCUCUGAAUUGAGAGAGUAUUAUUUAUGAGAUUCAACAAAGUGACUUACCACGUUGGUGGCGCACUUUAAUCAAAAUCUUCAAAAUGUGGCUAGCUGUUUUCUACAAAUUGUCCUCUAACCAGUGAUGUACACAUUACUCCCAGAUUCUGUGUGGUUUUUGAGCUGUUAGUUUUAACAGGACGUGCAACCCCAUCUCCCUUCUGUCACACAAUUGAUUUCAACAUGAUAUCGUUGAAUGAUGCCAAAGAAGUGUUGUGUUUAUUUAGUGACCCCUAAAUUUAAAUGUAGCUGACUGUCUUCUGCAGGUUGUACUCUAACCUGUGAGGUAAAAUAUAUCUCCCAUUUCCAUGUGUUUAUUUUAGUUGUGUUAGUUUCAACAUCACGUAAAUCUGAUUUCCCCCCUAGUGAUUUAUUGCUACUUGUCAAAACAAAAGCGUUUCUGAUGCUUGUGCAGUUUAUAAGGAGCUUGUUUAAAAAAAUACAAGUAAUAUUAUUAUUGUGGCAGUUUCUGUACAUAGCACAUUUUAGGUUUUCAAUAUAUCACAAACUGUUUCUAUAUAUUGGUUAUUAAUUUAGAAACGUUAACUGUGUUUUGACAUGGGGGCUAUUCCACCGAGCAAAAUGUAAUUGAAAAGAAGACAAUGCCCAACGUCAAAUAUUUGUUUGGUUCUAGAUGAAAAUAUGUAUUUUUGGGUCAUUUUUUAAAUGAUUUAAACCAACGUAAUUUCAGUAGCCGAGUGGUUAGAGCGUUGGGCCAAUAACCGAAAGUUUGCUGGAUGGAAUCCCCGAGCUGACAAGGUAAAAAUAUGUUGUUCAGCUCCUGAACAGGGCAGUUAACCCACUGUUCCUAGGCCGUCAUUGUCGAUAAGAAGUUGUUCUGAACUGACUUGCCUAGUUAAAUAAAAAGUGGACUAGAAUUCUUGAAGCUCGUGAGUUUUCAGAUUCUAUAAAGAGGAUUUAGAGAAAAAUAAUAAUACUGUUGUGUAUUAUUAUUUAGAAAUAUUUUUUUCCUGUCUUCAAUUGUUGACAGCCAGCAGACAUCAUGUCUAUAUAGGUGAAGC